AUGGAAUCUGCCCCUCUGACUCUGGCACAUACCCAUGCUCGAAAUGCGGCCCUUGAGACCCGACGUUCCAAUCCAGUCGCGGCGAGCGAAGAGCAUGAUUUGGCGGCCGCCGAGUUCGCAUCGGCGGCCCAAGGCACCACGGAUUCGGAGGCACUGCGAGUCCUGACUCUGCUUGAACAACAUCAUAAAAAGCUGGGACAUUUGUUGCGAUCAAGACAUGAAAAUCCUGCGGGUGAAGAUGUUUCUCAUCCCUCAUCCACUACUGCUGUGACAACUCCUGCAACUGCACCCUCCCAACCAAAGCGGCAGGAGUCUAACAGACCCUCAUCACCAGAGACCACGAUUCAUCCUCCAAGAUUGUCUCGAGGUCAAAGGUCAAAUGCUCGGGACUUGUCUUCUUCUAUCGCAAGCAACCUUGCCUCCGCCAGAGGCAUUCCUAACAGUCGUCAAAGGAGGCCUGCGCCCAUCUCACCGUUAGUGUCGAACCAACAUGCCGAUGGACAAAUUUCACAAGAUGAAACGAGAGGGAAGCCUAUCUCAAAGCCGGGUACAGACACCAGCGAUGCGCUUUCUUCCGUGUCUAAGCAGUCACAGUCGCGUCCGUCUUGGACACCACCAAUCUUACCGGGCUCCUCCAAGUCCAAUGCGGAUGAUGAGGCAGAAGAGCAAGUUGCAGACGCCCCAUUUCAGCAAUUUUACGCCACUUUUGAGAGUCUGAUAUCCAAACUCAGUGCACCGUUGGCCUUUGCAGGACUUCCUCUAACCUCUCCCGCAUCCUCUAAACCACCGGCUUCUCCUGUUCAACCAUCGGCCAAAUCCCCCAAGGCGCCAUCACGCCCCACGCCUGCAGCGCCUUCAGUCGACUACUCUCACUUGAUCUCCCGUGCUGCUCUGCGGGCCGUCUCCGGAACCAAUGCCGCGAACCCAUCAGAAUCCUUCUACGUCGUCCCGACGACAGGAGGUACAAUCUCUUACGCCGAAAUCAUGAACAGGGCCGAACGCGAAGAGGCUCGCGGUCUCCGUCAUCAUAGACAGCCCUCAAAUCUAUCAAACAUCUCCGAAGAUGACUUCGUCGAUGCCCAAAGUACUAUUCUUCCUAACCGUUCUCGCGACCACGGCCCCGCUGUCGGUGGCCCCGGCCGACCCUCUCGCCGUGGUGGGGCAGAUGAAGUCAAAAUCAACGGGAAAACCAUGGAAGAACUCGCAUUGGAGAACCAAGCCCUCAAACAUCUCUCAGACACACUCUCCCGACGACUCCAUGUCUUCGAAAUGUCGGCGCAAACGUCUUCAGCGGCGCUAGCGCAGAGCAUACGCUCUCUGCACCGCUCACCACUGACCACUCCGAUACUUUCACCGGAAAAUUCUCGUGGAAAGAACAGUACCAAGGGCAUGGACGGGGCCCCGCUUGUUGUAGGGACGGACGAGGCGAUGGCAAAGCGAAUCGCCGAGUUAGAGGAGAUUCUGCGCAAGUGUGAUGCACGGGUACGGAAGAAAGAUGAAGAAAAUCUCAAACUCAAGGAGACCAUCACCAAGUAUCGAGAGAAGUGGGAUAGUUUGAAAGCUGGAGCGAAAGCCAGGAGAGAGAGGGAGCGUGAGGGAAGAGGUGGUAAGGCUCUAGAAAAGGCUUUGGACGCUGGUGAAGACGACGAUGGUGGUCUGCCUGGUGCCGCUUGA